UACAGGCUACUCAAUGCUGGCAAUGCUACGAGAAAGCGAUGUUGAAGUGUAAUCCUGAUGUAAAUCAAUCUGGCAACCUCAGUACAGCUCCUUUGAACCAAUCAGUCUCGCGAGCGUCUAUGCAAGGAACAUCGUUAAGUCAGUGAAAAUGCCUCUCGCAAAGGAUCUUCUCCAUCCUUCUCAUGAACUUGAGAAAAGACAGCACAAGAAAAAAAGACUGGUUCAGAGCCCCAAUUCUUACUUCAUGGAUGUCAAAUGCCCAGGCUGCUACAAGAUCACCACUGUAUUCAGCCAUGCCCAGACUGUGGUUCUGUGUGUGGGAUGUUCAACAGUGCUUUGCCAGCCAACUGGGGGAAAAGCCAGACUCACAGAGGGUUGCUCUUUUAGAAGAAAGCAGCACUAAAGGGGAUUGAAAUGGAAUGGCCAUGAUGAAUGCGAAGAAGUGAUUCAGACCACUGAUCAAUGCCUUAAACUUUUCAUUGAUUCCAAUGAAUGAAGCUUGGAAAAUUAAUCAACUUCUGAAUGGUACAUGGCAAGUUUUUUCUGUUGUGUAACCUGUUCAGUUUUCUGAAAUAAAGUCUUAUACAUGAUGCAGGAAA